AUGCUCCCUGAUGUUCUGCCCACAGGAUCAGAUUUGCAGGUAUGCCUCCCCAGAGGCCCGACAUGCUGCUCCUGGAAAAUGGAGGAGAAAUACCAAGUCAUGGCCCGUUCCGACAUGGAGCAGCUCCUGCAGUCGGCCAGCAUGAAGCUGAAGUUCCUCAUCAUCCGGAACGCGGCGACAUUACAAGAAGCCUUUGAAAUUGUAGUGCGGCAUGCGAGAAACUACACCAACUCCAUGUUCAGAAACUAUUAUCGCAAUAUAGCUGCCAGAGCUUCUAAAUUGGUGGGGGAGUUUUUUACAGACAUAUCCUUGUACAUCAUGGGCUCAGACAUCAACGUCAAUGACAUGAUAAAUGAAUUCUUUGACAGCUUGUUCCCAUUGGUCUACCCACGCCUGGUGAAGCCGGGCUCACUGGAUCCUUCGCUGGAAAUGACCGAGUGCCUCCGACUUGCCCAGCGAGACCUGAAGGUGUUUGGGAACUUUCCCAAAAUCAUGAUGACACAGGUGUCCAAGUCUCUCCAGGUGACGCGAGUCUUCCUCCAGGCGCUCAACCUUGGCAUUGAGGUGGUGAACACCACUGACCACUUGAAGUUCAGCAAGGACUGUGGGAGGGCCCUGCUGAAGAUGUGGUACUGUGCCCAUUGCCAAGACCUUAUGAUGGUGCAGCCAUGUGCUGGGUUCUGUGGCUCUGUGCUGCAGGGGUGCCUGGCCAGCAUGGUGGAGAUAGAUAGCUAUUGGCAGGAGUACCUCUGUUCUCUGGAAGGGCUGACGAGAGGCAUGAGGGGCAUCUACAACAUGGAGCAUGUGCUUCUCAGUCUCUCCUCCUUGAUACAAGAUGCCAUCACGUACAUGCAGAAGAAUGCUGGGAAGCUGUCAGCGACGAUUGGCAAGCUAUGCAUCCCUUCUCAGAAGAGGCAUUCCCGGUCAGCUUGGUAUCCUGAGGACCUUUUCGUUGAGGAGAAGAUGACACGGGUUGCUCCUGUGGAACAUGAAGAAACUUUGUCCACUAGAAGGAGGGAACUUAUCACAAAACUCAGAGCCCACAGUGGUUUCUACAGCAGUUUGCCAGAAUACAUCUGCAGCCACAGCUCCACUGCACAGAAUAAUACCCAUUGCUGGAAUGGCCAAGAAGUUGUAGAAAGGUACACCCCCAAGGCGGUGAGGAACGGAGGGAAGGCCCAGCUCAGCAACCAUGAAGUCAAGGUGAAAGGACCUGAGCCUGUCAUUAGCCAGAUCAUUGAUAAGCUGAAACACAUUAAUCAGGGCGACAGCAACGACCUGUGGAACACUGGGUGUACCCUCAUGGAUUCCGGCAACUCCAGCCUGAAAGCCACCGGAUUGACCUGCUGCGUGACCUUAAAGGGACCCAGCCGUCUGGGUGCUAACUUCUUACACCUCCCCCUGGUUGGAAGCCCCUCUGAGGACAGCCACACCCUGAUGACCUCCCCUGGUCUCCGAUGGCGAUCCGCCCCCUCCUUGUACGCUGCCUUAGCCCUUUCCAAGUGUUCUCUGAGUUGCUGGUGCACCGUCUCCAGAUCGUCCGCCCAAUCCUCAGCUGCGGGACCCUCCUCCUCCUCCUCCCAUUCCCUCCCCGGGAACGAUCUGAGAUCCCGCCCAUAG